AUGAUACUUCCAGAUAUAAAAUCUCCCUACAUACGUGUAAAAAAUGGAAACAUGACUGUCUCAAAUGUCAAGAAGUAUCUAAUGGUUAAGAUUGGUGGUGUCUUUGAAAACGAAGACGAGGUGGAGAUAUGGCUAGGGCAUGAGCCACUGUCUUCUUCACUGACACUACAAAACGUGAUUGAUUGGUGGGUUCAAAUAACUCCAUUGCCUAAGCGUCAAAGCGCAAUGGUUGGAGACUCAGCUGCUGAUUUCGUCAUGGUUCUCCAUUACAGUUUCAAAUCUGAGUGCUCUGCCUCUGGUUCUGGAUCUGGCUCUGGCUCUGAAUAAUUCUUCUCAGAACAUCAAACUUUUUAUCCUUCUUUUUUAAAACUCAUUUCUUGCUGUGCAAGAAAACAUGAAUAAGUUCCUUUUAAAAGACUUGCUAAGUUUAGCAUCUUUCUUUAUAUAA